UCCAACAAUAACAACAACACAGCUGCCUGUCACUGUCGUCACCUUUGUUUACCUCACUAAGGACACCACCAAGAACACCACCAAGAACACCACCAAGAACACCACCAAGAACACCACCAAGAACACCACCUAGAGCACCACCAAGAGCACCACUUAACAGUGUUCACCAGUCAUCCUGGAUACACAGGUGAAAGAGUGAAUUAAUAAUCAGAGUGAUUUCAGUGGGCUUGGUUGGAGCGAAAUGAGAAUGGAGGAACACUGCAGCAAGCCUACUGGCUCAUAGAGGAUGUUGGCAAGUUUGCAUCUCUAGGUAAUCACUCACUCAGGUUUGACCCUUGCACCAGAAAAAAUACUACUCAUGGAGUUCCAGUACUCAGUAACAUAAGGCUCAUGUAAGUGGCAUAAAUAAUGAAAUGUGUAUAGUGACAGCACUCUGUAAUUGCAGUGUUAGAAAUACUACAUUUACAGUUUAAACAUCAGUGUCAUAAAUCUCUUGUAACAUGAAUCCUGUUACAUCCUUAGCAGUCUAUUGAAACUUGUUCAUUCAGAUAGUCUUAUGUACAUCAUUAUCACUGCUACACAAGUACUAGAAUCAAUAUGAACUGUGCUAAAAUUCAUCCCUUAAGAGUUUAUGUACCUGAUUUCUUUGAAGUUUUUGGUAAUGGCUAUGCAUAGAGUAUGAGUACUGUAAAAGUUAAAUGUAUUAAUGGCAUGGGAAGGUACUGUUUUUGUGAUUACUGAACAUGAGUAAUAACUAUUGAACUGUAUCAUGGUUAAGAUACGUUUUAUGUGACCACUGUGCGGCAGUAAUUAAUGUUUGUAGCUUGUAUUAUGGUGUAGAUACUAUGUGUCCAAAGUGUAGUAUUAAUAAAUGUAGAUUUGAUAUUGUGCACCACACUCAUUUUAUUGACAUUAUUUUGACCUGGUGCUCAGUGUCAGUUUCUGAACACCUGUAGUUCUUGGGGACAAAAAUGGGCUGUAUUACGAGGAAAGUAUCAUUUAUGUAGUGAAAAUGAUGUAGUAAUAAAGUGUAUAGCUUGUAUUAUGAAGAAGUACUGUUUGUAUGAACAGUGUGGCACUUAUAAUUGUAUAUCUGGUAUAAAUGGGAAGGUACUGUUUAUGUGACUAUUAUGCAGUAGUCAUUAACAUAUAUAUCUGGUAUUAUGGUAUAGGUACCAUUGUGCAGCAGUAAUUAUAAAAGUAAUUGCAAUGUUUUAAGUAAAAAAUUUUCUAUCUGUCUUAUUUACCCCGCCUCCGUCCCUCGCUUCACCCUCCUCUUCUGUCUCACUGUAACAUCUUCAGUAUACCAGCUUAGUGCUCCCACAUAUAAUAAUUUCAUGUAGUCUUAUUUUCUCCAUAAUAUUUUUGCUUUUCACAAUCAUUGGAUCAUUCUUUGUCUGGCAUUUGUUGAAGUUUCAUUUUUGAAUGAAUAAUUAUAUUUAUCAAACUAUAUACAAUUUAUUUCCUACAUUAAAUGCUUAUUGCUAUAGAAAAUUUAACUUAAAUACCUUGUAGGAAAACUCAAUAUAACACAUUUUUUGCGUGUGUCAUAAGUCAGUUUAUGUAAGGCCGUUGUAACUAUAAGUUGAGUGUAUAUGUAGUAUCAAGAUUGUAGUAGAGAAUACAUUGUAGCAGUGUAUCAAGACUAGUAGAGAAUACAUUGUAGCAGUGUAUCAAGAUUGUUGUAGAGAAUACAUUGUAGCAGUGUAUCAAGAUUGUUGUAGAGAAUACAUUGUAGCAGUGUAUCAAGAUUGUUGUAGAGAAUACAUUGUAGCAGUGUAUCAAGAUUAUAGUAGAGAGAAUACAUUGUACUAUUUAGUGACCUGAUGAUCAUUAUCAAUCUAGUUUUGUAACAAGCAUAAGAGGGUAUAAAAUACAAUUUAUAUCAACAUUAGUGAUUUCAGAACUGUUGUUUAAUCUUUAGGAACAAAGAAUUGAAUUCAUAUAGAGUACCAGAGAAGUCUUCAUAAAGGAAGUAUCAUGCUGGUAAUAAAGUGCUCUUUAUCCAAGACCUUGAAGUUACCCUUCUGUGUCUCAGGCAUUGUAUGAUCCUUACAUGCAUAGCACUUCCAUAUAUUUUUUUUUAUUUUUAUUAUCACACUGGCCGAUUCCCACCAAGGCAGGGUGGCCUGAAAAAGAAAAACUUUCACCAUCAUUCACUCCAUCACUGUCUUGCCAGAAGGGUGCUUUACACUACAGUUUUUAAACUGCAACAUUAACACCCCUCCUUCAGAGUGCAGGCACUGUACUUCCCAUCUCCAGGACUCAAGUCCGGCCUGCCGGUUUCCCUGAACCCCUUCAUAAAUGUUACUUUGCUCACACUCCAACAGCACGUCAAGUAUUAAAAACCAUUUGUCUCCAUUCACUCCUAUCAAACACGCUCACUUUGUUAGAGAAAUGGGGAUUUUAUUGUGAACAAAUAUUCAUAAAAACGUGUUCUGGUUAAGCACUGUAUGAUUCAUAUGAAAAGAUAUUAAAUCAGUGUUCAUUCAGUAUGUCUGACGUGCAUGAACAAGAGUCUGUUCCAGCAUCACAAAUUGUAGUUCAACCAGAAGAAAAACUGUAUCAAUAUUCAGAGUGUUUGAAAGACUUUUCACCGAAGUCUCAGUGUGUAUCACGUACGAACAUUAAUAAUGGCAAAAAAACACUUCAGUGUUCAGUGUGUCUAAAAGAAUUUUCAUAUAAAUCUGGUUUAACAAGACACAUGAUUGUUCACACUAGAGAGAAACCAUAUCAUUGUUCAGAGUGUUUACAAGAUUUUUCAUAUAAAUCUGGUUUAAUAAAACACAUGAUAAUUCAUACUGGAGAGAAACCAUAUCAGUGUUCAAUGUGCCUGAAAGGUUUUUCCAAAAAGUAUAAUUUAAAAGAGCACAUGACAAUUCAUAGUGGAGAGAAGCUAUACCAGUGCUCAGUGUGUCUAAAAAACUUUUCCCGAAAAUCUUACUUAGAUGCUCACAAGAAAAUUCAUACUGGAAAGAAACCAUACCUAUGUGCAGUGUGUCAGAAAGAAUUCUCAAAUAAAUCUAAUUUAGUAAGUCACAUAAAAAGUCAUACUGGAGAGAAACCAUACCAAUGUUCUGAGUGUCUCAGAUACUUUAUGCAAAAAUCUGAUUUAAUAAAACACAUAAGAACUCACACUGGAGAGAAGCCAUACCAGUGUUCAAUGUGUCUAAAAGAUUUUUCCCGAAAAUCUUACUUAGAAACACACAAGAAGAUUCAUACUGGAGAGAAACCUUAUCAGUGCUCAGAGUGUCAGAAAGAAUUCUCAAAUAAACCUAAUUUAAUUACUCAUAUGAGAAUUCAUACUGGAGAAAAACCAUUUAAGUGUUCAGAGUGUCCAAAAGACUUUUACCAGAAAUCUGAUUUAAUAAAACAUUUAAGAAUUCAUACUGGAGAAAAACCAUAUCAAUGUUCUGAGUGUCUAAAAGACUUUUCCCGAAAAUCUCAUUUAGAAUCACACAUUAAGAGUCAUACUGGAGAAAAACCAUAUCAAUGUUCGGAAUGUCUAAAACACUUUUCUCUUAAGUCUAAUUUGAUAAACCAUAUUAAAAUUCAUACUGGAGAGAAACCAUACAAGUGCUCAAUAUGUCUAAGAGACUUUUCUCAUAAAUCUUAUUUAAUAAGUCACCUAAGAGUUCACACUGAAUGAAAAUCAUAUCAGUUUUUAGAAUGCCCAAAAGACUUUAACAAAAAAAAAAGAAAUUUAAAAAAAAUGUGUGAAAAUUUAUACAAGGGAGAAAUUGCAUCAGUGUUCAAUUUCUAAAAGAGUUCUUACAGAAAUAUAAUUUACUAAAACAUUUCAAAAGUCAUAUGGGAAAAGAAAUAUUGCCAAUGCCGUGUAUGAUUAGAAGAUAAUAAAUUUUUCUGAUCUGCAUGCAGAAGCGAGGUGUCAAAUGCUAACAGAUGAUAAAGUCCUCCAGAGCAUAGGCAAAACGUUGGAAUUAUAAAAGUUUCCCUACAUUUAACAUCUUACCAAUUUUUGAUAUGGUAAGAGGCAUGAAAAUUAACAGAGGAAAAUUUGUAUCAAUCUCCCAAGUGUACCAUAAAUCCCAGUGUACAAAUGGAGUUUUGAUGCUCAUUUUUUUUUUUUUUUAAGCUGAGAGGUCAGCUUAUAUGAUAGGUAUAAAAUGGCAAACACUAAAUAGCAUCUUCAAAAAUCACUCAGUCAUGGGUUGGUACCUCCACCUUUCCUCUCCUCUCUCCAUUCUACCUCUAUUUGAGGAUAUUUCCUCCUUGUGAAUUUCACCUCCUAGGCAGUGGGUAAAAGGGAUCGUUAUUCGUCCCAUUCCAUUGUGAGCCUCGGCAGUGGUGCUGUUAAACAUAGGAAUUGAAUUAUCUGGGGACAUGCUGGACCAUCUUCAGGGCCCUGGAAGGUGGCAUCUAGUGGGGCACAACUCGUAUUUCCUUUCAUAAAGUAUUUCGGAGACAAUCUUGGAUGAAAUUCUUUUCCAUUCAGCCAGUGACACCUAUUGAUUAUCUGAUAAUGACAGUAGCAAGGCACUUGUGAGGCAUGUUGGUCAAACUGUGUCCUUCCAUGCUUUCAAGAAAAGAAUGCACUUUGUUACUGUGAAAGAUGUUGAACACCUGGCAAUCCUUCCCUGUCACAAUACAGUCACAGACACAUUUACACACUGAUAGGUGAAUGUGUUCACCUGCCUUGGUCACAUGUUAUUAUCUAUAAAUUUAUACAAAUUAUUUACAGGUCCUGGCUAUGUUUUCAGAAGUGCUGGAUUGUAUGAAACUCCUUGAAGCAUAGUGUCAGACAAAGUGGCACCCUCAUUGCUAAAGGGGCACUACACCAUCAGCAAUGCCCCCAGUCAGCCUUGGCAUAUGUUUUGCACUGAUUCUCACUGUUCCACACACUGGUAUUGUUCACAUGGAGGAAAUCAGUGAACAUAGGGAAGUAACCAAUUGCCAGUGAAUGGCCAUUGCCGAAGUAGGCACUUAAUUCAUUUAGGUUCAUAAACACUUCCUUGAUUUUGUAUAGCAGGUUGUUUAUGUUGGGUGUAUUCCUGUCUUUGAGACAUGCAAUACUCAUAGCAAAAGCGUGAAUCUGUUGCAAGGGAGGCGGUCGUGGAAGUUUGGGGUACUGAUGUGGUAGUCUGUAAACCAGUACUGUUCUGUAUUGUGCUUGUAACAUCAGGCAUAAACAUGAAUGUGGUAAUGAAUAGACAUAUUUUGGCCACAGUUGUAUGUUUGCACUAGUGCAACCAUGAUGAUUCUGCAACAUGUGUAAUGUCUUUUCAUCUGGCUGAUGAUCAGAUUUAUGGGCAGCUCAUCAAAGUAGCUGGAAAUACUCUAAUCUCUCUCUCUUGACUAACUCUUGGGACUCGUUGGUGAUAGUACAUUCUGGCAGGAUGCCACUAUCAAUGGCUUCAAAAUUGAAAGGAUGUGGCACGAAUGCUGCAUGCGGAUCAUCUGGGUUAUCAUUGAAGUUUUCAAUAUUUCCUCAAUCACUUGUGGCCACAUUUGUCUCAAAUCUACUAAACUUGGGGUCAGCAUCAAUUUCCUCGAAAAGGAGUGUGUUAAUAUGUCUUGGCAUUAGUAAAUUUGUGGGGUUUGCCAUGCUGUUUGCUCUAGCUGGUGUUUAAUUGAAUUGGUUCUUCCAUGAGAUACUACAUACCUGGAGAGUACCUGGAGUGGGUUUUGGAUGUCAUUGCUGCCGUGGCCCAGUCUGAGACGAGGCCUCAUGGUGGAUCAGGGUUUGAUCAACCACACUGUUACUGCUAGCUGCACGCAAACUGAUGUACAAUCCACAGCCCAGCUGGUCAGGUACUGACUUUAGGUGCCUGUCCAGUGCUUUCUUGAAGACAGCUAGGGGCCUAUUGGUAAUCCCCUUAUGUAUGCUGGGAGGCAGUUGAAGUCUUGGGCCCCUGACACUUAUUGCAUUGUCUCUUAGCAUACUCAUGGCACCACUGCUUUUCUUUGGGGGAAUGUUGCAUAUGCUGCUGAGUCUUUUGCUUUCAUAGGGAGUGAUUUUCUUGUGCAAGUUUGGUACUAAUCCCUCUAGGAUUUUCUAUUAUCAAGUAUCCCUCUCACCUGCAUUCCAGGGAAUACAAAUCAAGGGACUUCAAACAUUGCCAGUAAUUUAGGUGCUGUAUCAUACUUAUGUGUACUGUGAAAGUUAUUUGUACACUCUCCAGGUUGGAAAUUUCGCCUGCCUUGAAGGGAGCAGCUAGUGUACAGCAGUAUUCCAGCCUAGAGAGAACAAGUGAGUUGAAGAGGAUCAUCAUGGGCUUGGCAUCCUUAGUUUUGAAGGGUCUCAUUAUCCGUCCUAUCAUUUUUCUAGCAGAUGCAGUAGAUACAUUUUUGUGGUCUUUGAAGGUGAGAUCCUCUGACGUUAUCACUCCCAGAUCCUUCACAUUACUUUUUCACUCUAUUGUAUGGUUAGAAUUUGUUACAUACCCUGAUUUGGUUUUCAUUUCCUCAAGUUUUUCAUAUCUGAGUAGCUGAAAUUUGUCUUGGUUGAACGUCAUAUUGUUUUGAGUGACCCAUUUGAAGAUUUGGUUGAUGUCCGCUUGGAGUCUUGCAGUAUCUUUGAUGGAGGACACUGUCAUGUCAAUUUAGGUGUCAUCACAGAUUUUUUAAUAUGGCACAUGUGGAGUGUGCAGACCAAUUCUGUACUUUUUACCAAAUUUGGAUGCAGGAAAAAUAGUGCAUUGAUCAAUGCUUGGAGAGCUAGCUGAAAUAUGAAGAUCAACUCCUUGACAAUUAAAGGGUUAAUUUACCUCCACUUUAUGUUCACCUGCAUAUUGCUUUUUCCAUCCCUCUUUGUAAAGUUUUGACAGUUCAUGUUUGCUUCUUCCAACUUCCAAGUGUGAAGGCAAUCGUGCCUCCUACAACUUUAUGCUUAUUCUUUGGAUCAGUGCUGUGACAGUUAUGUCACAGCAUUGAUCCAUGCUUCUUUGAUAGCCCUCUUUACGUUGAUCAUAUUUGGCCCUCUGGUGCCAGAUAGGCCUAGGUCUGUCUGGCCUUUGGCAGUGGACUGCCAGUUUAUUUCAGCAUCAGCUGGUCAAACAGCAUGGCAGACACCAGCUGUUCACUCAUCCCCUGUUGUAUAAAUACUUAUAUUCAAGGAAAGUGAUGUUGACCUCAAGUUUAGUGCCUUCUAGAUGAAUGUGGCCACAAGUGAUCAAGGAAAUAAUGCAACCCUCAAUGUUAACCCAGAUUACCCUCUGCCCACCACAUUUGGGUUGUCCCCCAUGCCACUCCAGACACUAAGACCAGCACAACUGGGGUGUCCACCAUGGCUACACCAAACCCUAGGCCCAGCACUUCAGGGGUGGCUGCCAUGGCCACACCAGACCCUAAGUCCAACAACUCUAGGGUAGCUAGCAUUGCUAGUCAAAGGCCACAAUGGGAUUGAAAAUUAAUCAGAAUCAAAUCAAAUCAAAUCAAGUUUAUUCUCUAUGAAGAUUACAAUGUGGUGUUUACAUACUAUAGGAUAUUGUGUGGUUUACAUGUUAUAUAAAACUAAUUACAGGGAGGGCCACUAUCACACCUAGCAUGACUAGGCAUUUUGGGCGGACUAUGAUUAAUUCAAAACUCUAUUAUUACAGAUUAUGGAGCAUAUUGGUAUUAAGGCUGAGUAACUGCAUUACAGUUCAUAAAUUUAGCAAUGUGAAUGGUUUUGUUUUGGUACAACACAUAAUUUCUAUUGAAGCUCCUAUAUUGGAGUAUCACAGGCAAACUUAUGACCAGUUAAGAUUCAUUAGGUAAUAGCUGUAUUACGUAUUUCUGUGUUUAUAGUCAAUUGGGCGAGUGUAGGUGCGAAUUGUGGGGAAUCACAGAUAUCGAGGAGAGGUCUAGGUUGUUUUUUAUGUGGGUAUGAUGCAAGAGAAUAUGCAGUUUUCAUGUAGUUAGCUGAUGGUAGGGUGUGUCAGGGAGAUAAGAUGUUUUCUAGUGGGAGUUUUGAAAGUGAUGAAUGUGUCUGUAGUUCUAGAUUUUUCAGGUAGGGUGUUCCAGACUUUAGGCCCUUUUAUGUACAUUGAAUUUUUGUAUAGCUUUAGCCGGACAUGGGGAAUGCCAUAGAGAUGUUUGUGUCUGGUGUUAUGCCUGUGGGUUCUGUCACAACUAUCAAGAAAGUGUUUUAGGUCAGGGUUAAUAUUGGAAUUUAAGGUUCUGUAAAUGUAGAUUGCACAGUAGUAAGUGUGGAUGUUCUGAACAUUGAGUAAGUUUAGAUCUAUGAAGUGUGAGGGGGGGGGGGGUGUUUCCUGGGAUUGGAUUACAUGAUUAUUCUUACUGAGGCUUUUUGUUGGGUUAUUAUUGGCAUUAGGUGUGUUGCUGCAGCUGAUCCCCAAGUGCAAAUAACAUAAGUGAGAUAGGGAUAAAUGGGUGAAUGGUAUAGUGUGAGAAGGGCAGAUUGCGGCAUGUAGUAACGUAUCUUGGAGAGAAUCCCAACUGUUUUGGAUACUUUUUUUGUUAUGUGUUGGAUAUGGGUGCUGAAAUUCAGGUUGCUGUUGAGGUGCAGGCCUAGGAAUUUGCCCUCAUUAUGGCUGGCAAUAAGAGUGUUGUCGAUCUUAAUGUUCUGAGGACAUGUACAUAACCUUCAUGACUACGACAACUACUACUACAACUAACCCAUCUCUUUGGGAAGGACCUACUUCCACUGGGGAAUCCCGCCUACCAGUGACUAUGCCCUUGUCUGCUACACCUGACGUUAGUAUAUAAGCGCCAGGCUCCUUGCUUCUGCUUCAGAAUCUCCACGACUACGGUGCUCUUCGCACCUACUCCUAGGUUGAGGGACUGAUUACCUCAUCUUCUGUAUAUAGUCCUACUGUCUUCAAGUUAUGUCAUGGAAUUUUUAUUGAUAAAGCCACUGGAUGGCGAAAUGUCUACAAUAAAGAGACCCAGAUGUUGCAAAUAUGUCUUAAUUUCAUCUUGUUGGCAUUAUAUACCAUUCCUGCACAAUUGGUCUUACGAACUGAACUCCAUCGUUAAGUGAGGAGAGGCUGUAUAUAAAUAAUUAGUGUUUCAAAGCUGAUAUGUACAAAACGUAGUGGAGGAUGGUGCUGUGCCAAUGUUCUGGGCACAUAGCUCUGAAUCGUGAAAGGGGUCACAACUGGUCAUGACUGUAGACACAGAAGACAGUGUCCCCGGCAUGCUUAUAUAUUUGGCCAAGGAGAGGUUGACUGAUCCUCUGACCACCACAAUACUCUUGAAGCAGUUAAGUGGCCAGUCAAGAACCACCAUGAACGCUGGUGUAGUCACAACUGGGAGAAGGCUGCUUGAAUGGCGUGUAGCUGACUGGGUGGUUGGCUAUGUGUGGAAGGGGGACCAGUGUAGGUAGAGAGGUCCAUGUGACAUCUCUGAUCUUGGCAAGAUCAGUGCUGUCUUUAUCUUUAUCCCGCAUGAGCUGGAUGACUCAAGCUGACAAUCAAGGCUAAAAUGAAGAAAACAUACAGUUAUACACUACACUCAAUAAAUCAUUCACACAAUAGGCUUACAGCCUUUAGAAAAAAUGGUGAGGAUUAAGAUGACAACACUGCAUAAAUUCAAAACAAGGCUGGAAUAAAUUGGAGUCUAAAACCCUAAACAAGAGUGAAGUUCUUGUUGAAACCAACUUCACCAAAACAGAUGAUAGACAGGAGUGAAAUGAAUACUUGUAGAUUUGAUGGGAGCCACAGGUCUAGCGACUAACACCACAGGUCAGAGAUGCACUCGUCAACUCCCAGGGAGGUUAGUACCAAACUUGCACAUGAAAAUCACUCCCUACGAAAACAAAAGACUCUGCAGACGAUGCAACAUCCCCCCAAUGAAAAGCAGGGGUGCCACUUGGAUGAUAAGAGACAGCACAGUAAGUGUCAGGGGCCCAAAUCUGUUCAUCUGCCUCCCAGCAUACAUAAGGGGGAUUACCAAUAGACCCCUGGCUGUCUUCAAGCAGGCACUGCACAGGCACGUAAAGCCAGUACCUGACCAGUUGGGCUGUGGUUUGUAUGUUGGAUUGCGUGCGGCCAGCAGUAACAGCCUGGUUGAUCAGGCCCCGAUGCACCAUGAGGCCUGGUUACAGACUGGGCCAUGGGGGCAUUGACCCCCAGAACUCUCUCCAGGUAUACUCCCACUGGGUGCAGAAGGGGGGGUAGCAGGAACUAUGCACCCACCCUAACUGAACAAGCAGAAUGCCCAACUAACGACCACCACCGUGCAUUAAUACUUCCCCUACUCCUAUCUAAUGAACUUUUUCCUCACAGAUGUACUGUAGGGUAAAAGAGCCUAGAGAUCCAUUACAGAAUUUAUCCAUACUCCAGUACAACCAUCGACUUUAGUACAGAACCUCAGCCAACAAUCAACAACCAUUCACCUCAGCUGACAAUCAAUAACUCUCCACCUCAGCCCAGUAGGGCCACAGUAUCCCUCUCCACUCUCUUCGCAAUCAUCGACAAAUGCCAACAACCACAAUUUAACCCCUGUGCCAUUCAUGCCAUAGUUCUAAAGGUUUGUACUCUCAGUUCGUGCUGUAGUUAUACACCAUGAGCUCAGCUUACUCAGAUAAGCAUUGAGUGAUAAAUUUAGGCCUAUAUAGUGGACCCCCAGCUUACGAUAUUAAUUCGUUACAGGAGGCUGUUUGGGUGCCGUUACCGAAUGAAUUUGCUCCCAUAAGGAAUAUUGUAAAUUAGAUUAAUCUGUUUCAGACCCCCAAAAAUACACUUACAAAAGCACUUACAAAAAUACACUUACAUAAUUGUUCGAGUUGGGAGCUGAUUGUAAGUCGGGGGUCCGCUGUAUAUGAGAGUAUGGGUUAGCCUGGUAGGUGUGUACCAUGUAAAAAUAAUCCUGCCCCACACAGUAAAUAAUGGGGGGGAAAAAACUUUUUUUGGUUUAAAGUAGCAACCCUGCAGUGUAUUUUCAGAUGGUUUUUAUGGUUGCAUUCUUGGUUUCUUGAUCUCAUUUGACAGAAUGGAAGAUAUAUUACAGAAAUAAGAGGUGAUUUUGAUUGGUUUCAGGACUGAAAGUAGCUUGAAAUUGAGCUCAAAGUAGCAGGAAUCUUUGAUUUUUGCCGAUAUUCCAGAGUAAAUCAAUUGCUUCACUUGUCCAAUACACUUCCAACUGGUUAGUCUAAUAUGCAUUCACAUAAGAACAUAAGAAAGGAGGAACGCUGCAGGAGGCCUGUUGGCCCAUACUAGGCAGGUCCUUUACAAUUCAUACCACUAACAAAACAUUUGCCCAACCCAAUUUUCAAUGCCACCCAAGAAAUAAGCUCUGAUGUGAAAGUCCCACUCAAAUCCAACCCCUCCCACUCAUGUACUUAUCCAACCUAAAUUUGAAACUACCCAAAGUCCCAGCCGCAAUAACCCAACUAGGUAGACUGUUCCACUCAUCAACUACCCUAUUUCCAAACCAAUACUUUCCUAUGUCCUUUCUAAAUCUAAACUUAUCUAAUUUAAAUCCAUUACUGCGGGUUCUCUCUUGGAGAGACAUCCUCAAGACCUUAUUAAUAUCCCCUUUAUUAAUACCUAUCUUCCACUUAUACACUUCGAUCAG